AUGAAUGAAACUGAUUUCUUAAUCCAUAGCAACGAAUUGGGUCAUUGCAGCCUUUCUCAGUUGACUGUCUGGAACCAAAUCGGCCUCCCUUUGCGAGAAUUUCUUGGCGGGCAGAAUCUCAGUCAUAAUGUUUUUGUUCAAGACCUUUUGCUGCCUCUCCUUCGACUCGAUUGCAGCUUUCUCUUGUUCUGCGGUGUAGAAGUAAAUUCCGGAUCUGUAUUGAGUCCCAACAGUCGUCGGGUCGUGCCUCGCCCAGAAAACAUCAAGCAGGGCAUCAAACCCGCAAUCUUCCGGGUCGUACUGCACCCGAACCACCUCCGAGUGUUUCGUGGUGCCCGAGCACACGUCCUCGUACGUCGGGUUGUGCACAUAGCCCUGGGAGUACCCGACCUCGGUCUUGGUGACACCCGGCACCCUCUGGAAGGCCAAUUCGACACCCCAGAAGCAUCCCGCCCCGAAUUGUGCGAAUCGCUGACCGGCCGCCGGCGCGUCUCCGUCGGGGCCCUGUGCGAUAGACGAGGAAGAAGAGGAUCCGGCGGCGGAGGAGCGGCCUCCGAAGCCUAG